AUCCCAUCAGGUGUGGUUUAUUUUAUUACUUGGGAUUUGUAUAAUCACUUUGUUUAUUAGAAGAGCUUGAUUGCUUAGUAGCAUAAGGGUUUUUAAAAUGCUAUGUAAACAGUAGUAGCUUUGUUUAUUUGUGCUGCAUACCUGAAGUAGAUAUUUUUUAUAUUAACAUAUAAAAUUCUUUAUUUCAGUUUGCAACUUAAAACAUGUCAGUAGAAGAUCGAAACUGGAUGUAUAGUGGUUGGAAAGAUAAUGGUUGUCAUUCUCAAGAGUGGGUUCGCAAUACAGAUGCAUUUUUGGAUCGUGCCUUUCAUAGUGUUCCUAAAUCUGAUAAAUUUGGAGUAGUGUGUCCAUGUUCAGUUUGUCGCAAUAGAAUUAGACGGAAGAAAGCUACAAUGGGCAUGCAUUUAUGUCAAAGAGGAUUUAUGCCUGGGUAUACUAGAUGGACUGAACAUGGAGAGCGUCCUACUGUCACAGCACCAGAUACUUAUAAUACCACUGACCACUUAGAUGAAAUGUUGGGUGACUUUGCCGAUGCAAUGCAUACUGAUAUCAUAGAGGAUGAACCAACAACAGAUGCAAAGGCAUUUUAUGAUAUGUUGUCUGCUUCACAAGAGCCACUACACAAUUUUACUCAGGUUUCUCGUCUAACAACAGUCACACGUUUAAUGGGCAUCAAAUCACAGAACAAUCUGUCCGCAGAAUGCAUAGAUAGUUUACUUAAGUUAUUUGGUGAUAUUUUGCCAGAGGGCCACAAAUUGCCGUCAAAUUUGUACGAGUGCAAGUGUCUCUUAAGUGGUCUGAAGAUGCCAUAUAUUAAGAUAGAUGUAUGCAUAAACAAUUGCAUGAUAUACUACAAAGCGGAUGAACACAAAGAGGAAUGUGACAUCUGUAAUGAAAGUCGUUAUGUUGCUGUUGAAGAGCAAUGUUCAAGCCGAAAACGAAAACCAAUACCCCGUAAAGUUUUGCGCUACCUCCCAUUUAUACCAAGGUUGCAACGGUUGUACAUGCAUCCAGAAACUGCAAAGCACAUGCGGUAUCACAAAGAGAGUACACGUGAUAAUCCAAGAUUUAUGGUUCACCCUUCUGAUGCCCAAGCAUGGAAAGACUUUGGUAGGGACUUUCCUGAUUUUGCAAUGGAUGCUAGGAAUGUCCGUAUCGCUAUAGCUACCGAUGGCUUCAAUCCAUUUGGCUUUGGUGCAUCACAAUAUUCUUGUUGGCCAGUAUUUGUCAUACCUUUAAACUUACCCCCAACUCUUUGCAUGAAGGAUGAGAAUAUCUUUAUUAGCUUAGUUAUCCCUGGACCAAAACAUCCUGGUAAGAAUCUGAAUGUGUUUAUGCGGCCCUUAGUUGACGAGUUCAAACAAGCAUGGGAAGGAGUAGUAACUUAUGAUAGUUCAUUGAAACGAAAUUUCAAUCUGAGGGUGAGCUACCAUACUUCAAUCCAUGAUUGCCCAGCAUUAGGGAUGUUCUCUGGAUGGUCAACCCAUGGUGCAAUGCCUUGUCCAGAUUGCAUGGCAGAUGUGGAUACUACUUGGCUGCCCAAUGGGCACAAGUACAGCUGGUUUGAUUGUCAUCGACGAUUUCUGCCUGCUGACCACCCGUUUAGGACUCAAAAGAAUGCAUUUAAGAGGGGGACCAUAGUGCAUGACAUACCUCCACGUCGAUUAACAGGAGAAGAGGUGCUAGCAUACAUGAACGAUGUCAAAGCAAAGUCUUUUGAGGGAUAUGGUACAACACACAAUUGGACUCACAUUCCAAUAUGGUGGGAGUUGCCUUAUUUCCCUAAGCUUUUGCGUCCACAUAACAUUGAUGUUAUGCAUACUGAAAAAAAUGUAGCUGAAGCUAUUUGGAAUACAUGUCUUGACAUAAGUGAUAAAACAAAGGACAAUGCCAAGGCUCGCCUAGACCAAGCUUUGAUAUGCAAUAGAAGAUACCUCAACCUAGUAGAAAAGCCUAACAAUAGGUGGGAGAAGCCCAGAGCACCAUUUUGCUUGACAAGAGCCCAAAAAAAGGAAGUGAUGCAUUGGUUUAAGGAGGUCAAAUUUCCAGAUGGGUAUGUAGCAAAUCUAAGACGAGGGGUUAGCAUGGAACAACUGAAGAUACAUGGCCUUAAGAGUCAUGAUUACCAUAUUUUCUUGGAGCGACUACUUCCUGUAAUGAUGCGGGGUUUUGUCAAUAAUGAUGUGUGGGAGGCAUUAGCUGAGCUAAGUUACUUCUUUAGAAUCCUUUGUGCAAAAGAGAUUGAUUCUGUUCAGAUGCAACAAUUAGAAGAAAAUAUACCUAUCAUAAUUUGCAAGUUGGAGAAAAUAUUCCCACCGGGUUUCUUCAAUCCAAUGGAGCACCUAAUGAUACAUCUCCCGUAUCAAGUAAGGGUUGGAGGACCGGUGAAAUAUACAUGGAUGUAUAAAAUUGAAAGGUGCCUAAAAAAAAUUAGACAAAAAGUGAAGAACAAGGCACGUGUGGAGGGCUGCAUAGUAGAGGCACAUCUUGUAGAGGAGAUUUCUGGCUUAACAUCUUUAUACUUACCUAAUCUCAUAGCUAGCUCUCGGAACCGUCCGCAUCGUUAUGCUCAAGAUGGUAAUGCAAGUGGGAGUGACCUUAGCUUAUUUCGGUCCGAGAAGUAUGAAAAAUCCAGAGGCAAUCUAACUACAAUUAAUACCGGGGUGCUUGCUGUUGGCACUGAUGAUGCCACAAACAAGGAUCUUGAGUACUAUGGCACUAUCAAAGACAUAAUUGAGCUAAAGUUUGAUGGUGAUAACGAAUUUAGCCUAGUUUUGUUUGAUUGCCAUUGGUUUCACCCUACUGAUGGAGUGCGUCAUUUAGAAAGAUUUGGUCUAGUUGAGGUUGCACAUGCAUCAUGUAAUCCAGCAAAUGAACCUUUUGUGCUUGCUAGCCAAGUAACACAAGUAUAUUAUCUUCCAUAUGCAUGUACUGCACAUACAAGUCUUAAUGCAUGGUGGGUUGCAUACAAGGUAAGGCCCUUAGGAAGCUUGCCCAUUACUUCAAUGGAUGAUCAUAACAGCGAAGAUUCACCAUGUGAGGAUGCCUUCCAAGAAGAUGGGUUGUACGGUCAAUUUAUUGUAGACAUGGGUCUAGGUCUUGAUAACAUCAGAAGUACUUGUUCAGAUGAGGUUACUGACCCAUUUGAACUAUCAGUGAUAAACAAUCCACAAAACGUUGUGAGUGGAGACCAUGGUAUAAUUAGCGAAGAUGGAGAAAGUGGAUUUGAUAUGGAAUCUUAUCCUGAUAUGAACAAUGAGCACUACCAAGAGGAUAUUGAUGAUUUUUAA